AUGGCGGAACUGACCCGUGAGCAAGCUCGAGAGAUCGUGGAUGAGAUUAGCGAAAGGAAUGGUAUCAUCACUGACGAAGAUCGAGCCGCGACGCCGCCUGCUGUUAUAAAAGCGCUGCACAAGGUUCGCAAUCAACUUGGAAGAAUUCGGCACAGGUGGACGCCAUGCGACACACCGGAUGUUAGAAGGGACGUUGUGUUCAAGUUGAUCUCCAGCGCCUGCUGGUUGCACUACAAUUGGGCAAAGAAGCAAGCAAGAGAACCCUAUUUUUCCUUAGACGUGUCUCCGGACCGUAUGAUUAUCGACAUCAAUGACGAUGGGUGCCUAAAAAGCGACAUCGUGCGGCUUUCUGAGGGCGGUGGUUCUUCCCUUUUUGGCCGCUCCAAUGCCCUAACACACUUGUAUGGCGAAGGUCUUCUAUAUACAUUUAGGAUUGCCAGGGAAGCCCACGUACAGUCAGGUCCGUUUUCCUUCACCCUUGGACCUCGAAGUCUCGGCGACAAGCUUGGAGUUACAACCCCGGUAAACAAAGACCCGGCAUCCUUGCCCGAAGGAGUGCGCACCAGGAUAAUUCUGUACCCUGCUCUGCCGGGGGGAUUCGAUAACUUGGCUCAGGAGUUUAAGGAUAUUGCAAAUAAUGGUUUUGUGCUGCUCAAUCCUGAUGAUACUCGCCAACCUAUGUGCAAGAAGUUUGUUUUCAUUGCCCGUCUGGGAAACUAUCAAACAACACGCCGAACAUACGAAUUCCAACUGCGAGACGGUAUCCUGGAGGUCACCAAAACAGCUCCGGGCCUUUUUAUGUCGCCUUUACAAUCAACGGAGUGCUUCCUCCUAUACAAGCCAACCCUGCCGCCUUAUUCGUUCGAUAAGAUGGCGCUAUUGUUUCCCAUCGAUGAAGAUUCAAGGCCCGUCAUAGAACCUCAAAAGGCUUACCAUAUUGUUGGUCCAUUCGCUUUUCCUAUUAGAGGAGUGGGGUUCAGUUUCGUUGUUUGUGCAACUGUGACGACGUUCGACCCGGUGAAAGAUGCCGACAUCGACACUUCUACAUUAUUAAAAGAUUGUGUCAUCGAUUCCUUCUGCGAUGCCGUUUCCUUCUGUCAGAAUCACGCCAUGCCUUGUGAAUGGGUCCGGUACAUUCCCAAACAGAGCGAUGUCUCACCAGCUUGGCAUAGCACAGUUCAAGGGUUAAUUGAAAAACUCCGAAUGGCCCCUGUUUUCCAGAGUCAGGACGGUGCUCUAAAAAGCCUGUCUUCACUUCGGUACUUGUCCCCGGAGCAUUACAGCGCAGAUAACGAGCCCUUGUUCGGCGCGUCGGAUGAUGAACAUUACCUUUCUACAAAAUACAGUGCCUACCUCGAUUUUUUGAAGCCUCUAGGCCUCCAAGAGGUCUGGGGCCGUGAAGUCCUGGAAAGGCUCAAACCGAUACUGACAAAACCCUUGCGUCUGCUGCCGAGUUCCAACCUACAAAAGGAGCGGAUAUCGCUGAUCCUACGAUUGCUAAUAGGGUGGCUAAAGAGGGAUCCAAAGAAUGCCUUGGCAUUUGAGAUAAGGAACAUUCCGCUUAUUGAAUUGAGCAACGGCACUUUUGUUCGAGGCAACGACCUAAAUUUGACAAGAUGUGAAGCUGAUUUGGCUUUGGCAAACGAUGCUGUCUACUUUCCGACAGACACCAACGGCAAUGACGUUCCGAAAUGUCUUGAUAUUUUGACUGUUUCAGAUGAAGCAGCCAGGGACAACGACCAAAAUGAAUUAUACUGUCUCCUUGGGGUUCGACGUGCGAGUCCUGAACUCAUCAUGGGGGUAAUCAGCGACCACAGCCAUGCCAUCUCCUUUGUGCCGACCGCUAGGAAUCAUAUAGCUGACUAUAUGCACAUCCUAUGCUACGUCUAUGACAGCUGUGCCAAAGACGAUCGCUUGAAGACGCCCUGCCUUAUGGUUUUUGAUGAGCGCUGUCAGAGGAGACCGGUAUGCAGGACCUCUUGCCCUAGGUAUUUUCCCUGCGAUGUAUACCUCAGAACGGAGGGUGCCUACGGAACGGAAGCCAUUGCAAAAAAAUUGGACUCAGACCCUUUAUUCAGCCCACGCCUUCCUCUGUUGCACCCUACCUUUCUCUAUCCAAAUCUCAUAAGCAAAACGCACAUUGCCAAUGAUACGUGGAGAAUAUGGCUGGAACAGCAAGGGAUAAUACGGCAAGUUCCCCGCUUGACACACUGGAAAAAUCCUGAGCAGCUCUCCGAUCUAUUCAACGCAAUAAUAUCUAACCAUCCGGACAUUCUUCUUGGUAUCCUGGGAAAGUAUUGGGACGCAUACGCAACAAAGAUAAAAGAAAAACCGCUCAUUGCAUCUGCUAUCAAGGCAGCGAAAGUCCCGACGUCCAAUGGACUGGUGAGGCUUGAUGAAUGCUCCUUUCCCAUCCCCGAGUUUUGUAACCUGGUUGAGGCUGUGUCAACCACAUUGAACAUCAGCUUUUUCAAGCUACCGGGGAUCUGGAACCUGGAGAGUGAGCAGGAAUGGGGAUUUCUCCGAGAGCUUGGUGUGUCCGGUGGCGGCGACGAGACUUUUAUAAAGGUCGUUCAAGAUCGCUUGUUAUCCACCAUGACAUUGGAGGACGCCAAACCACAUUUUUUCGAAUUAUACAGGUGGAUAUCUGAGAGAGUAUUUGACGAUGACCUCUGCUGUUUUAACGAACAAGGGAGAUUUUUCCGCGACGAGCAGACUGUCUAUAUUCCCAAUACAGGUGAUGGUGCAAAGUUAGUGUUUCUUGAUCAAUGCGUUUGGCAAGGUCCCUCGUGGUUGCGGACUGUGUACGCUCUUGCGUUCCAUGAGGAAUACGGGAGCGACUUGAAAAUACGACGCCUAUUUCAAGACGGACUCCUCGUGGACGACGCGGACUGGGGAACCUAUAUGACAGAAUUGAUGCGCCUACACAGUAUUGGGGUAGGCUCGAUAGCAGAGACGCAAAGGAUAUACCAGGCUAUCAUGGAGGAUAUUGAAGAUGAGGAGGAUUGGAACAGUCUGCGGACUCAAUUUCAACGAUACGAGAUGAUAUAUGUACCAGGCUCAAAGCAGUGGUAUGCGCCUCAACAAUGCAUCUGGGCAUCAUUUUCGACCGGUGAUAAAAUCGGCAUAAGCGAUGCCUAUCCAGAUAUGGUGAGCUUCUUUGUUGAGAAGCUCCAGGUUCAGCUGCCUUCCAUACUUUGCUAUACCAGCCGUAUUCAGGACCUUUGCAAAGACAAAGGAAGUGUCGCUGAUGUUAUUGAGGCUCUGUGCCAUAUCAACAACCUCGAACCAACGAUGUCUGACUUGAAUCACCUCAAGCUUAUCAGUUUCCUGCCAAUCGAGGGCCCCGAGGAAGAGUUCUACUGGGGAUCCGUAACGUCCGAUUUCUUUAUCAUCGAUAGGGACGGCUGGCCUACGCUCUUCUAUGGAAAGGUGCCAACGGUUCAGUUUCGUCUGGAAGAAGUCCGUGAAUUAGCUCCACUCUUGAAAUCCCUGGGGCUAGAAAACCGUUUCAUUUCCGUUUGCGCAGCGAGGAAAACCAGCGUCCCAGAAAUGCCUUCGCAGACCUCAUUGCAUCUUACGACUGACUUCCGUCAAAGGGCAUCAGGUUUGUCGAGAUGCAUCGCCCACUACAACGGCGGAAAUAUGCGUGCUGCUCGCGAAUUAUACGAUACAUUUCGGAAGGCAUUAGUAUACGAAACUGGGCAUAUCGUCGGAGAAUGUACCUUGACUUCACUGUCUGGUUCCAGCACAAGCAAGGAAACAUACAGCAGACUACACAUGGAAUAUCUCAACGGCAAAUUAAGCAUCUUCGUUCCUCGUGAUGAAAAUGAAAGACUGAUAUGCUACGCGACGCAACUGCCGGAGUCUCUAGUGACUUCCCUGGAAAUCAAAGACCCCGCUGCCCAUGGCAUAUUCGCCAUAGUUCUUCAGGUACCAGUUGAGAUCGUGGAUGGUAUAUUAGGAAUCUAUGGUAUUCCCGAACUAUCCGAUCUGGACCCUGUCAGCCCAGUGAUUAUCGACGAUUCGGAAUCUGCCUAUGAGGAUGCGCUAGAGGAGGUGUUUGUACCGAGGGCUUCGAUUGCUUGGGGUGGCAAGGAUCAAUUGCUGGCGUCGGGACAGUCAGAACUUCAGCUGGUUCUACGGUCAAAGGACACGGCCAUCACGGAGUAUCGGCAUUGCAUACUCUCAGAUAGACACGAAACGACGGCCAUGGAACAUGCGGAGGGAUGA